AUGUCUCUUGUAAGAGAUCUUCUAUAUGGACGUGGUACUCAGACUAUUAAGAAUCAGAGAUCUGAGAAUGACAUGCCUGAAUCACUUGAUGUGAUUAUGAAGAAAGCUGGCUUCGGUGUAGCAGCUAGUAAUGCUGGCAGGAGAAGAUUUGUUUCAACCAAGAUUAAGUUUCCUACAUCAUGUGGAAGUAAAGUCAAACCUCUAAGCUAUGAGAAAACUGUCAAACUAAUUGCUUCCCAAAGGCAAAGAAGACAACUCCAAGCCUCAUCUACUCACAUUCAGAGGAAGUUUGUUGUGCAAAAUCAGGCAAACUCACCGGAAAAGAAGAAGAUGAAGACGUUUAACAAUGCUGCACUAAGAUCAAAGAAGACUCAUCAACCAAAUCAGAACAGAGAUGAAAGACGGUCAAAUCCAGCUGGACGCAUCCCGGUUAUCAGACAAAACCAGAUUACAAAAGUUCUUAGCCCACGUGGUAGAGUUCUCAAGGUGUUGCGUAGUUUCAACAUUUUGUAUAACAAGCUCGAUCGAGAUCAAGAAGUUCGGAGUGGAGAAUCAAAAACUGCAAUAGAUUGCAAGACAUGGACUAUUCUCAAGAGCAAGGGGAUGCAAGUGAAUGCUAAGAAAAUGAUUGGAGCUGUCCCAGGAAUCGAAGUUGGAGAUGAGUUUCAGUACAAAGCAGAACUCAGCUUGAUCGGUCUCCAUUUCAACAUCAUGAGUGGGAUUGAUUACGUGGACAGAGGUGACACCAAACUAGCUACGAGCAUUGUUUCCUCGGAAGGUAACGGUUACGUCGAUAUUUUCCACCAUGAUUUGAUGAUAUACUCUGGUCAAGGAGGUACCAUGACAAGCAAAGGAGGCACCAUGACAAGCAAAGACCAGAAGCUUGUUAUGGGCAAUUUGGCUCUAGCUAAUAGCAUGAAGGCAAAGACUCCGGUGAGAGUGAUACGUGGAAAAAAGAGAUUGGACCAGAGAGGAAAACAUUACGUGUAUGUUGGGUUAUAUUUAGUUCAAGAUUAUUGGCAAGAAAAAGGACCUCAAGGUAAUGUUCUCUUUAAGUUCAAGCUUUGCAGAAUUUCUGGUCAGCCUUUUGUUGACUUAGAUACAUAA